CGAAACUCUUGGUGUUAUCGCCGCCUUGCAAGAAGACGAGAGCGAAUGUGGCAAGCUUGGUGUCGAGGUUGCAAAUUUGCUUGUGCCCAAGGACCCGAAAAGUCGGGAGGAAGCACGCGAAAUGCUUAUGAAUUACGUUAUUAGAGCAGAUGGAGAAGGUCGGGAAGGUGCGGACCACGACUUGCUGAUGCAAUUUUUGGAACAGGCAUUAAUAGAUAAGGAACUUACCCUUGAGAUUUAAAGCGAAGCUUUGCUUUCUUCAUAGUGUCUCCAUCAGAUGACAUGUUAUAUAUUUAGAAUUACAUGCUGCUGCUGGUCUUCGUCUUUAUUUCUGCCCGGUGCUGCAACGUGGU